AUGCCUGUGCGUCAUAUGCGCGUGCGUGCGUGGUUCUCUCUGGGCUUUAACGAGCUCCAUUUAGCCUUAAAUACUCUGCUCGCCAUCUGGGCCCGCGCUCCGCCGCUGCUCGCUCCUCCACAGACCUGCUCAGACCUGCUCUUUCAAAGGCUCUCAGGCCGUGUCCGGAAGCGUCAUAAAGCGACGCGCUUCGGGACUAAGUGCGGCGGCUGCUCUCAGGGCAUCUCUCCGAACGACCUGGUGCGUCGUGCGCGCAGUAAAGUGUUCCACCUGAACUGCUUCACGUGCAUGAUGUGCAACAAGCAGCUGUCCACGGGAGAGGAGCUCUACAUCAUCGACGAGAACAAGUUCGUCUGCAAAGAGGACUACCUCAGCAACGCCUCGGUCAAGGACGCCAGUCUGCUCUCGGUGACCGCCUGCAGUGACCCCAGCCUCUCCCCGGACUCCCAGGAUCCCUUGCAGGACGACGUGGUGCUCAAGGACACGGAGAUUGCGGCUCUGUCCGACAAAGAGACGGUGAACAACGAGAACGACGACCAGAACCUCGGCGGCAAACGGCGAGGACCGCGCACCACCAUCAAGGCCAAGCAGCUGGAGACGCUCAAGGCAGCGUUCGCGGCUACGCCAAAACCAACACGGCACAUCAGAGAGCAGCUGGCCCAGGAGACCGGACUCAACAUGCGAGUGAUCCAGGUCUGGUUCCAGAACCGUCGAUCUAAGGAGCGCAGGAUGAAGCAGCUGAGUGCACUAGGGGCCCGCAGACACGCCUUCUUCAGGAGCCCCAGGAGGAUGAGGACCCUGGUGGACCGGCUGGAACCUGGAGAACUCAUCCCCAACGGACCUUUCUCCUACUACGGAGGGGUGUUGGGGUUUUGUUGUGGUUUGGGUUGGGGGUGGGGGUGUGGGGGGGGGGGGUGUGGUGGGUUGUGGGUGGGUUGGGGGGGGGGUGGGUGGUGGGGGGUUGGGGUUUGGGUGGGGGGUUGGGGGGGGGGGGGGGUUGGUGGUGGGGGGUGGGUGGGGGUGGUGUGUGGGGGGGUUGUGUGGGGGUGGGGGAGUGUGGGGGGGGGUUGGUUGGUUGGGGGGGGGGUUUGGGGGGUGGUGGGGGGGGUGGGUUUGUGGGGUUGGUGGGGGGUGGGGGUUUGGUGUGGGGGGGGGGGUUGGUGGGGGUGUUUGUGUGUUUUUUGUGUAUUGGGGGGUUUGGGGGGUUUGGGGGUUGGGAUGGAAAGGGGUGUGGGGGGUGGGGUGUGGGGGGGGGGUAGGGUGGGGAUGGGGGGUGAGGGGGGGGGGGUAGGGAAUGUGGGGGGUUUGGGGGUAUGGGGGUGUGAUGUUUUGUGUUGUUUGUUGUAUUUGGGAGGGUGUGUGAUGUUGGGGGUUGGGGGUGUGGGGUGGUUUGGGUUUUGUAUGUUUGGUUGUUUGGGGUGGGGGGUGGGGGGAGUUUGGGUGGGGUGGGGGAUUGGUAGGGGGGGUGGAUUUGUGGGGUGGGUGGUUGGGGGGGGUGUGUUUGGGUGGUAUGUGGUGGGGGGUUGUUUGAGUGGGUGGUGGGGGUUUUGGGUUAUGUGGGAGUGUGGGUGGUGGGGGGUGGGGGGGGUUGGUGUGGUGUUUGUAGAGGGUGGGGGUGGUUUGUGGGGUGGGUUUAGGUGGGGGUGGUUUGUGGGUGGGGGGGGGUGGGGGGUGUUUGGUGGGGUUGUUGUUUUUUGUUUGUUGGGGGUGGAGGGGUUGGUGUUGGGUGUUGGGUUUGGGUUUUGUGGUGGGGUUUUGGGUUGGUGUUGUGGGGGGUGUUUUAGUGGGGGUGUUGGGGGUUUUUUGGUUGGGUGGGGGGGUGUUUGGUGGUGGUGGGUGGGGUGUGGUUGGUGGUGGGUGUUGUUUGGAUUGGUGGGUUGGGGGGUGUGGUUGUGUGGGGGUGGUUGUUGGGGGGUUGUGUGGUUUGGGGAGUAUGGGUGGGUGGGGGGAGUUGGGAUGAAGGGGGGUUGGUUGGGUGGUGUUGUGUUUGGUUGUUGUUUUUUGUGGUGUGGGGUUGGGGUGGUGGGUGGGGGGGGGGGGUGUGGUGAGUUUGUGAUUUGGGGGUUUGGUUGGUGUGGUGGGUGGGGUUGGGAUUGGGGGGGGUUUUGUGGUGUGGGUGGGUGGGGGGUUGUGGUGUUAAUUUUGGUUGGGUUUGUGUUGUUUGGGUUGUGGUGUGGGGGUUGUUGGGGUGUUGGGGGUGGGUUGGGGAGUGUGGGGGGGGGUGUUUGUUUUUGUGUGGUGGGGUGGGGGGUGGGGGUUGGAUUUUGGGGGUGGUGGGUGGGGAAUGGUGGUGGAUUUUUUGUGGUUGGGGGUUAUUUGAGUGUAUGGGGGGGAUGUGUUGGGAUGGGGGGGAUGGGGUGGGGGAUGGGUGGUUGGUUGGGUUGUGGGUUUGGUGAUGUGGGUUUGUUGGGUGUGUGGUUUUUGGGGGGGUUUGGUGUAGGGUGUGUGGUUUUGUGGGGGGUGGGUGGGGGUUGUGGGGUGGAUGGGGGGGGGGGGGGGGGGUGGGGUUGGGGGGUGGGUGUUGGGGGGGGGGUGGGGGUUGUUGUGUGGUUGGUUGGUGUGGGUUUGUGUAUUGGAGGAGGGGAUAAAAAGGGUGGGGGGGGGGGGUAUAAAUAUGAUGGUGGGUUGGGGAUUUUGGAUUUUUGGGUGGGGGGUUGGUAUUGGGUUGGGUUGGGUAGGGUUUGGUUGUGGUUUGUGUGUUUUUGGUUUUUGGUGUUUGUGGGGUGGUGUGUGUGGGGGGUUUGGUGGGGUGGGGGGGGGUUUGGUGAUGUGGGGGGGGGUGGGUGGUGUAGGGUGGUGGGGGUUGUGUGUGGUAUGUGGGUGGUGUGUGGGGUGUGGGUUGGUGGUUGGUGGUUGGGUUUUUUUGGGGGUGGUUUUGGUGGGGGGUGGUGGGUGUUGUUGGGGGUUUGGUUUGGGGGGUGGGUGUGGGGGUGGGAUGUGUUUGGUUUAGGUGGGGGUUGUUGGGGUGGUGUUGGGGGUGGGGGGGGUUGGGUGUGUGGUUGGGUGGGUUUGGGUUGGGGUGUGUUGUUUGGAGUUGUGUUGGUUAUAGGAGUGAGUUUUUUGUUGGUUUGUGGGUUGGGUUGGGUGGGUUUGGGGGGGGGGGAGUGGGGGGGAGGUGUGGUUUAUGUGUUUUAUGGAUUGUGUUUUUGGUGUUUGGGGGGGGUUGUGGGGGGGGGGGGUUUGGGUGGGUGUUGGGUGGUUGGUUGGUGUGUGGGGGGUUGGGGUGUUGGGUGUGUUGUGGGUUGGUGGUUUUUUGUGGUUUUGGUUGUGGGUUUUGGUGGGUGGUGGGGGGGAGGGGGGGGGGUGGUUGUUGUUGUUUUGGGGGGGUUGGGGUGGUGUGGGGGGUUGGUUGAGGUGUGUGUUGUGGUGGGGGGGGGAGGGGGGGGGGGGUUGGUGAUGUGGGGGUUGGGUGGUGUGGGGGGGGGGUGGGUUGGGGGUAUGUGGUUUGUUGUGUUUUGGGUGUGGGUUUUGGGUGGUGUUGUUGUUUGUGGGGUUUGUGGGGUUGUGUUUUGGUGGGUUUUGUGGGUGGGUGAAGGGGGGGGGGUUUUGGGUUAUUGGGGUUUGGGUUGUGGGGGUUGGGGUGUUGGGUGUUGGUGGGUUUUUGGUGUUUGGGGUGUUGGGGGGGUUGGUGUGUGUUGGGGGGUUGGGGGUUUGGGGGGUUGGGGGGUUGGGGGGUUGGGGGGGUUGGGGUUGGGUGGGGUUUGUGGUGGGGGGGUUUGGUUUGUUUUGGGUGUUGGGGUUGGGGUGUUGGUGUGUUGUGUGGGUGGGGUGUGUGGGUUUGGUUGUGUGUGGGUGGUAUUGGUUGUGGUUGGUUGUGUGGUUGGUGUGGUUGUGGGGAUGGUGUUUGGUGGUGGGUUGUUGGGGUUGGUGGGGGGUUUGUUUUGGUGUUGUGUGUUGGGUGGGUGGGGGGUUGGGUUGGUGGGGGGGGGGGGGUUGUGGGGGUGGGUGUGUGUUGGGGUGGUUGGGGGGGGUGUGGUGGGUGGGGGUGGGUGUUUGGGGGGGGGUGGGGGGUGUGGGUGUGUGGGUUGGUGGUGUUGUGUGUGGGUGAUUGGUGGUGGGUUUGGUGUGGGGUUUGGUGUUGGGGGUUUGUGGUGGGGUUUGUGGUGGUUUGGUGGGGGUGGGGUUUGUGUGGGGUUUGUUGGUGGGUUGUGUGGGGUUGGUGGUGGGUUUGUGGUGGGUUUGGUGGUGGUUUGGUGGUGGGUUGGUGGGUGGGGUUGUGGUGGGUUGGAUGGGUGGGUUUUGUGGUGGGUUUUUGUGGGGGGGGUGGGGGGGUUUUGGUGGGUGGGUUUUGGUGGGGGGGGGGUGGGGGUUUGGUGGUUGUGUGGGGGGGGGGUGUGGGGUUUGGUGGUGGGGGGGGUGGGGGUGGGGGGGGGGGGGGGGGGUGGUGGGGUGUGUGUGGGGUGGGGGGGUGGGGGGUGUGGGGUGUUUUGGGUUGUUUUGGGUUUGGGUGUUUGGGGGGGGUGGUGGGUGGGGGAGGGUUAUGGUGGUUGGGAGGUGUGUGUGUGGGGUGGUGGGGGUUUGGUUGGGGGGGGGGGGGUGUGGGGGGGGUUGGGGUGUUUGUGGGGUUGUUGGUUGUGGUGGUGGGGUUGUAUUUUGGGGGGGGUUUUUGGGGUUGGUUAUUUUGUUGAUGUGUUUUGGGGGUGGGUUGUGUGGUUGGGGGGGGGGGUGGGUUUGUGUUGUUGGUUGUUGGGGUGGGUGGUGGGGGUGGGGGGGUGUGGGGGGUGGGGGUGUGUUUUGGGGGGGGUGUUGGGGUUUGGGGGGGUUUGGGGGGGGGUUGGGUGUUGGUGUGGUUUGGGGGGGGGUUGUGGUGGGUUGGUGGGGGGGGGUUGGGGGGGUGUUUGGGGGGUGGGGGGUGUUGGGGGUGGUGGGUUGGGGGGUUGGGUGGGGUGGGGGGGGGGUGGUGGGUGGUGGGGGGGGGGUUGGGGGUUGGGGGGUUGUGGGGUGGGGGUGGUUUGGGUGGGGGUGGUGUGGGGUGUGGGGGGUUGGGGGUGUUGGGGUGUGUGUGGGUUGGGUUUUGGUGUUGUGGGGUGUUGGGGGUGUGGGUGGGUUUGUUUUUGGGGUGGUGGGGGGGGGGGUUUGGUUGGUUGGUUGGGGUGGUUUUGGGUUUGGUGUGUGGUGGUGUUUUUGGGUGUUGGUGUGGUUUGGGGGGGGUGGGGGGGUUGGGGGUUGGGUUUGGUGUUUUUUGGGGUUGGGUUUGUGGGGUGUGUGGGUUGGGUGGGGGGUUGGGGGGGGGGGGUGGGGUGGUGGUGGGGUGUGGGUGGGGGGGGGGGGGGGGGGGGGGUGGGGGGUGGGGGGGGGGUGGGGGGGUUGGGGGUUUUUGGAGGGUUGUGUGUGUGUUGUUUGUGGGUGGGGUGGGUGGGUGGGUGUUGGGGGUUGGUGGUGGGUGGGGUGGGGGGGGUUGGGGGGGUGGGUGUUGGGGGGUUUUGUGUGGGUGGUUGUGGGGGUGGGGGUUGGUGGUUGUGGUUGGGGGGGUUUGUUUGUGGUUUGGGUGGGGGGUGGGGGGGGGGGUUGGGGGGGUUUGGGGGUUUUGUUGGGGGUGUGUGGGUGUGGGGGUGGUGGGUGGGGGGGGGGGGGGGGUUGUUGUUGUGGUUUGUGUUUUUGGUUUGUUUGGUGGGUGGUGUUUGGUGGGGGUUGUGUGUGGUUUUGGGUUUGGGGUGUGGUGUGGGGGUGGUGGGGGUGUGGUGGGGGGGGGGUGGGGUGGGGUGGGGGUGUGGGUUGGUGGGGUGGGGUUGGGGGGGGGGGGGGGGUGUUUUGGUGUUGGUUGUUGUGGGGGAGGUUUUUGGUGGGUUGGUGGGGGUUGGUGGGGGGGGGGUGGGGGGGGUGGGUGGUGGUUGUUGUUGGGGUUGGGGGGUGGUGUGGGGGGUUGGUUGGUUGUUUGUGGUGUGGGGGGUUGGUGUUGGGGGUGGUUUGUGUGGUGUGGUGUUUUGUGUUGGGGGGGGGGGGGGGGGGUUUGUGGGGGGGGGUGGGUGGGGUGUUGGUUGGGGUGGGGGUGGUGUGUUUGGGGGGGGGUGGGGGUGGGGGGGGGUGUGUGUGGGGUGGUGGUGGGGGGUGGGGGGUGGGGGUUGUGGGGGUGGUGUUGGGUGUGUGGUGGGGGGGGGGGGGGGGGGUGGGUUUGUGGGUGUUGGGUUUUUUUGUUGGGUGGUGGUUGGGUGGGGGGGUGGGUGGGGUGUUGGGUUUGGGGUGUGUGGGGGGUGUGGAGGUGUGGGGGUGGUUGUGUUGUGGUGGUUUGUGUGGGUGUUGGGGGGGGUGGGGGGGUUGGGUGUGGGGGGGUUGGGGGGGGUGGGGGGGGUAUGUGGUAGUUGGGUUGUUAGGUGGGGGGGUGGUUGGUGGUGGGGGGGGGGUUGUUGUUUUGUGGGGGAUGAUUGGUUUUUAGUGGGGGGGGGGGGGGGGGGGGGGGGGUUUUGGGGAGUAAUAGAUGAUGAUUAA